AUGGCGCAGUUCAAGAAGGUGACUCCAAAGGGUGAGCGACUUUUUGUGAAAGUGGACUCUGCUGAUGCGACCACCAUUGGGGGCAUCGUCCUGCCCGCAUCGGCCCAAAAGGCCCCAACCCAGGGGGAAGUGGUGGCUGCCUUCAAGGACAGCCUCGUGAAGGUUGGAGACCGUGUCGUGUACAGCAAGUAUGCUGGGACUGAAAUUGCAAUGGAACAGGCGGAGCAUGUGCUGCUCAAGGAAGAAGAUGUAGUGGGCAUCAUGAAAUCCACGGAGGUGAAAGCUCUGGCACCAGUUGCAGACAGAAUACUUGUUGAGGUGUCUGAUGUGGAAGAAUCGACCUCUGGAGGCGUGCUCCUGACAAGUGCAACACAAGAGAGGCCAACCUUUGGCACGGUGAUUGCUGUGGGCCCUGGCAAGAAGGACGAGGAUGGCAACCUCAUCAAGACUAAUGUUAAUGUCGGCUCCACGAUCCUGUACUCCAAAUUCAGCGGCGUUGAAUUCGAGGGCGAGGAUGAAACGAAGUACAUUGUGAUUCGCGAGGCCGACAUCCUGGCGGAGCUUUCCUAG